UUUGUGAUCAAACAUUCGAAAAACUAUUUGAGUUAGCACUGGAAAACCAUUCAAAUGCUACGUCAAUUGGUGACAAGAAACUGUCUCCUUGAAAUCUAUAAACUAGAAGGGUAGAAGACCAUUGUGCUACACCGUUGCGAACUUGUGGAAUGCCUGCAGAGGGAGAUCGCCGAUUGGAUUUUUGAAUUGGCUUCCAAGCAAAACCAUUCAAACGUCCUUCUAAAACCAUUCAAAUGUCCAUCAGAAAGCCCUUCAAAUGCUAGUUGGUGUACGGAUCAGCUUCAUUGAUAGUCAAGCAGUGUAACGUGAGAGUUCAUCAGCUAUUUUUUUGCCAAGAAACAUUUCUAUUUCUAUAUUUUUUCGCCGGACAACAUGUCGGGGCAAGUGGUUAGCCCACAGACUGAGAUGGUCAAAAGAAUCAAGUCAAGACCUGCAUGGCAAAGUUUGUUGACUAUAUUUAUUGCUUCAGGWAUGACGGUCAUGAUUCUCUACAAGCUCUGGAGCAUCCAUGGAAGAACAAGGCUGGAUUUACCCGARACAUCGGUAUUAGUGCAGGACAGGCGAGGAUCAGGUAUCUACAUCACAAUCAAGUUAAAGUGCUAUUAUUGCGACAAAGAGGAUUAUGGGCCAGUAUGGGGUAGCCUUAUGACGGAUCAAACCUGUCAAAACGCAGUAAUGUCAGAAUGCUACGYCAAUCAAACCACGCCUGAUAGAAAGACAACACAAGUCGUGCGACUGAUGAGAACCUGUGAGGAAAACUGCGCAUGUAUGGACGACGUMGGGUGGUGCAAACCAAAGGCAUGUGCACACAACGUGCGUUGUUGCUGGGGCAACGUAUACUGCACGGAUUCGUAAAGGAAGCGAUCUGCGCACAAGAACGGUCACGUUACUGAAUGUAAAGAAAUGUUUACGACUGGUCGAUAGCAUAACUAAAUUACUUGAUUGUAGCUCAGCCAGAACUAUCCUUAAAACCGAUCAGGAAGGGUCGACAUUGCUUCAGUGAAAGGUCUGCGUACUGUUUAUUUCACGUCCUCCUUGUGGUAAGCGGUUGCUUACUCUGGUGACAGAUAUUGACUGCAAUUUUAAGUAUUUCGAAACGAUAACUUAUGAAUUCAAAAGACGACUCACAGCUAAGCAAAGAGUAAAGUACAAUAGCCAUUAUAUAAAACCAAAUCAUGUAUAUUAGGCCUAUACAAAUAUUAGAGUUGAUUUUAAAGGUGCUAWUUCCUUAUUUCGGCAGAAAUGAACCAACAACAUACUAAUCACUAGUAUAGAAUCAGUGCAAACAAUUCACAACCGCGGAGCGACAAUUACAGCUGACGCGCUYAAAGUGAAGUCAUAAAACGCGUGAAACAAAAUUUGACUAUAUAUUAAAGUGCGAUAGUCAAAUAGACACAAAAGAAACAAUUCAAUUACAGCAUAUUAAGGUUUAGCAUAAACAUACUAAUGGUCUAUCACUCAUACUGCGCUGUGAUUGGCUACUCUACUAAUGGUCUAAUU